CACUAUUUAUAUGAGCAAAGGUUUGCAACACUGAACUACAUCUUGUUUACUAGGAAAUCUGUUUUGCUGGCCCACCAUAGUCAUCAAGGAAUUAAAUGCUUUCCACUGAUAAACCUCAAAGCUAGUGAAAAGAAAGGGAGUAAUUUAAAGGUUGUAUCAAAUGCUGCUGAUCAGGGAGUUGCUAUCACUGGGAACAACACUUUCAACAACUGGAACUGGCCUAAUGCUGUGAUCUUUGCUGCUACUGUAAUCACUACAAUCGGUUACGGAAAUGUUUCUCCAAAGACACCCUCUGGGCGUCUCUUUUGCAUAUUUUAUGGGCUCUUUGGAGUUCCUCUGUGCUUGACGUGGAUCAGUGCUCUGGGGAAGUUCUUUGGAGGACGUGCCAAGAGGCUAGGCCAAUUUCUGACAAAAAGAGGAGUAAGCCUGAGGAAAGCGCAAAUUACAUGCACAGCUAUUUUCAUUGUUUGGGGUGUCUUGGUCCAUCUGGUUAUUCCUCCUUUCGUCUUUAUGGUGACUGAAGGAUGGGAUUACAUUGAAGGUCUCUACUACUCGUUUAUUACUAUCACCACCAUAGGAUUUGGAGAUUUUGUUGCUGGUGUAAAUCCAGAUGCAAACUAUCAUGCCCUUUACAGAUACUUUGUUGAAUUGUGGAUCUAUCUGGGACUAGCUUGGCUUUCACUCUUUGUCAACUGGAAGGUCAGUAUGUUUGUAGAAGUCCACAAAGCAAUCAAGAAACAGAAAAAAAGAAAAGAGUCAUUUGACAACCAUCCUCGGUCUAAAAAACCCCUUCAAAUGGGUACCUCAAAGGAUGUGAACAUUUUCAGCUUCCUUUCAAAAAAGGAAGAGACGUACAAUGAUCUUAUUAAGCAAAUUGGAAAGAAGGCCCUGAAGACAAACAAUGACAAGAUGAUUAAAGUAGAAAAUACCAAACAAAAUAUGCAGAAUGCCAUUAAAGAUGCUCAGGUGAUUUACACAAAGUCAGAGUCAUUUGAGUAUGAUGAGUCUUCCCUGGACAUUCAAAAUGGUCAUGUGUUGAGACAUCUGCAUGAUAAACGUAUUGGAGACAGUCCUAUUGAAGGAACCAUGUUCGUAAACCAGCUGGACAGGAUAAGUGAAGAAGAAGGUGAAGUAUGGGAUUCUAGAGACUAUCGACCCUUAAUAUUUGAGAAUGCCAAUAUAACAUUUGUAAAUGAGGAUGAUGAUGAAGAGGAAGAUAUAUCAGAUGAUGAGGAAACUUCAAAAUCCUCAAUGGAUGAUAAUAUUGUAGAGGAACCUGAAAUUGCAAAAAACCUAGUAAAAUUCCCAUCGUCUGAUGAAUCUACUUUUACCAACAAUGAGCUAGAACUUUCUGUGCCUUAUGAACAACUGAUGAAUGAAUAUAAUACAGUAAGCAAUGCAAAGGCUGCAACGUGAAGUGAGCUUGGUAUUGUUUUUCUGAAAAUGAUCAAUGCAUAUCGAAGAAAUUAACAGAGCAAGGAGAAAAGCUUGUUUUUGCAGCUUCUCCUGUCUCUUUGAAAACAAAAGCAAGUCCCAAACUAAUAACCUCCAGUGUUCUUUUCCCUAUCUUAAGUUGGUUUCUGAGCUCAUCUGCUAUGUUUAUCUGAAAAGACUUGUAAAAUACCAGUUGAAUUAGGAGUCCUACUCCUUGGAAUUUUAUGGUUCUCAAACAAAGUAGACAAAAAAAGACUAGUUAAUACACUGGACCUGCUCUGCAUUUAUGCAUUUCAUUGAGGAAUUAGUUUGGGAGUGUAACUACACAGUUACAAAGAGUUUGUUCUAGGCAUCAAAUGUGUUCGGUUACUCCACUAGCCCUUCACCUCUGAAAACCCGGAUUUAAGUAACGCUUUGAUCAGAAAUGGAAGCAAGAGGUUUGCUUUUUAAAAAAGGUACUCAUUGUUACCACAAAAAAUGGUGAAACCACAAGUUGUUCUUGAUGAGAAACUUUAAAUGGAACACUAGAGACAAACAUCUGAGCUGAGGUGUGCUGGCAGACUGAGGAGGAAGCUUUAAAACAUCUGUUUAGAGUAUGUCUGUGCUUGCCAAAUUAUAAUGAAUUGUAAUUUUGUGAAUAAAAUAAUUAAAAUUCCAUGGAAUGGAUUGAGAAGGAGCUCUCUAACAAGGAAGAAAUAUCUGGGAUGAAGCUUACCAAUUGGGCUACUAAACUGCAACUCAGCCCCAGAAAUGUUGAAGAGUAAGGAGACUGGAGGACCUACUGAUCAAAGCAUGUAGGAGCACAAACAAGAUGCAACUUUUUAGUGUUGAAAGUGUCCUUCCACUGUCCAUUUCCUAGAGGAAAUACUUGAAUGAACUUUAUACAGUAUCUAUGUAUGUGCAGUUGAAAUUUCAGUGAUGCUGUUCAUCUGAGGGUAAAAAAAUUGCCUUUGGAGACAUAGAUAUUCUCCAAACGCUCUAAUGCCUGUCAGAAUAGAACUGUAGCACUACUGCUAACCUGAGCAGUGUGUUAGUCAGUAUUGUUAUUUGAUGUUCCUCCCAGCCUUGGUACUUUAGACUAGACUUGAAUGAGAGAUGAUUUUUGAAACAGUUGAUUAUAAUUUGCUUAUUUGAUUUGUUUUAAAGCUUGACCUAUGUGCAUAUGCAAUGGUUAUUCUAUCCUGCUUUCAAGAAGGCUGAACAACAUCAAAUCCU